AUGGGUUUCUUCGACAGUUUCUCCGACCACCAGGAGGCUUAUGAGCAGGUCAACAAUGCUCCUCACCAAGCUGCCUUGUCCCAUGAGCUGAUUGCCGGAGCUGCUGCCUACGAGGCUGCAAAGGCAUAUGAAGACCAUGUGGAGCGCAAUGGAAAACCUGACAGCCAUGCCAAAGCAAAGGAGAUCAUGGCUGGUCUCGCUGGAGCAUUCGUGGACCGGAUCGUUGAAACCAAGGGCCUUGACUACAUCGACAGAGAGAGAGUACGGCGUGAUGCUCAGGACCACGCCGAAGAUGCUCUCCGUCGAGAGUACUAG